CUUCCGCCGGUACUUCCGGAUUAUGAAACCAUGACGAAGAAGUCCUGUAAAUGCGCCAGACAAGUCAACAAAUGGGCGUCACAGCAGUUUAAUGGCGCUGGGAGUACAUCGACCAAUCAUAGAAAGGAUUUUCAGACGACGUGUGCCCGCAUUUAGGUUCCUAUCAGUCGGAAUGGAUGACAUGGGUCUUGCCGUGACUCGUUCCCGGCUGGAGCGGCUCGACUUUGACAAUGUCGCCCUGAAGAAACUUCCAGUGGACCCCAGCGAGGAAGAUGGCGUACGACAGGUGAAAGGAGCUUGUUUCUCCCGGGUCACUCCGCAGCCGCUGAGCAAGCCUCGUUUUGUAGCGGUGUCUCACGGAGCUCUGGCUCUGCUGGGGCUCGACCAGGACGAGGUCAUGGAGGACCCUCUCGGGGCGGACUAUCUCAGUGGCUCUAAAGUCAUGCCUGGAUCCGAGCCCGCUGCGCAUUGCUACUGCGGGCACCAGUUCGGACAGUUCGCCGGCCAGCUCGGCGACGGAGCCGCUUGCUAUCUGGGGGAGGUCAGGGUUCCACCCAACCAAGACCCCGAACUGCUGCGGGAAAACCCGAGCGGCCGAUGGGAGAUUCAAGUGAAGGGAGCCGGCCUCACGCCUUAUUCCAGACAAGCUGAUGGUCGCAAGGUUCUCCGUUCCAGUAUUAGAGAGUUCCUUUGCAGCGAGGCGAUGCACUUCCUGGGCGUCCCCAGCACCAGAGCAGGUUCUGUGGUCACGUCAGACAGCCGAGUCGUCAGAGAUGUCUACUAUAGCGGGCACCCUCGUCAUGAGAGAUGUUCUGUGGUUCUCCGUAUUGCGCCGACCUUUAUCAGGUUUGGUUCUUUUGAGAUAUUUAAGCCGGCGGAUGAGUUCACCGGUCGUCAGGGUCCGAGCUACGGACACGAUGAGCUACGAGUGAGGAUGUUGGAUUAUGUCAUCGAGAUGUUCUACCCCGAGAUCCAACAGCAGCAGCACUCGGACCGAGUGGAGAGGAACGUGUCUUUCUUCAGAGAGGUGAUGAGGCGGACGGCUCGACUCGUCGCUCAGUGGCAGUGUGUCGGAUUUUGUCACGGCGUUCUCAACACGGACAACAUGAGCAUCCUGGGACUCACGCUGGACUACGGUCCGUAUGGCUUCAUGGACAGAUUCGAUCCAGAUUUCAUCUGCAACGCUUCAGACAACUCGGGACGCUACUCCUACCAGGCCCAGCCGGCCAUUUGCCGCUGGAACCUCAUCAAGUUAGCAGAAGCUCUCGAUCCGGAGGUCCCACCGCACCGGGCGGAGGCUAUCAUGGAGGAAUAUUUGGAUGUGUAUAACAACUUCUACCUCCAUAAUAUGAGGAAGAAGCUGGGCUUGUUGCAAAAGCAGGAACCCGAGGAUGAGAUCCUGAUCACGGAGCUGAUGCAAACCAUGCACAACACGGGAGCUGACUUCACCAACACUUUCCGUAGUCUGAGUCAGAUCUCCUGUCCCACGGAGGGAGGAAAUGGCACGGAGGAGGACCUCGUCAAAGAAGCGGCAAAGAUGCUCCUGGAGCAGUGUGCCUCUUUGGAGGAGCUCAAAGCUGCCAACAAACCCACCAUGGACCCACGGCAGUUGGCGAUGCUGCUAUCCAUGGCACAGAGCAACCCCGCGCUCUUUCAGAUGAUCUCAGACCAGACGACGAUAGCGAGGCAGCUCGAGCGACUCGGCAAACUGAAGGAACUCACGGAGACCAGCGAGGAAGAUCAUAAAACCAAGCAGACCGAGGAGUGGACCCGCUGGAUCACACGCUACAUGAAGCGUCUGGCACAGGAACUGGAGGGCGAUGGAGAUGCGCGGGCCAUGCAGGAGGAGAGGGUGAGGGUGAUGGACGGCACCAAUCCACGUGUGGUACUCCGGAACUACAUUGCCCAGAAUGCAAUUGAAGCCGCUGAGAAAGGAGACUUCUCUGAGGUUCAGCGGGUCCUCAAAGUUCUGGAGAAGCCCUUCUCCUCCCAGCCUGGUCUGGAGUCCCCCGCGUGGGCGGGGCAAAGCGGCGCCAUGCAACAGAGCGAGCGAGACGACGACGACGACGGGGUCCAGGAAGAGCAACAGGAAGAGGCGGCGGUGGCGGCGAGCAGACACCCCGUUCCGUACGACAGCAAACCUCCAGCAUGGUCUCAGGGUAUCUGCGUCACAUGAUCUUCGUAAAUAACUUCCCUGAACUUCAUCAUCUGCCCUGCAAAAGUUGUAGCUUUUUUUUUUUUCCACAUUUUCCACCAGCUGUUGAUUAUUAUGACAGCUUGUAUUAUAUCUUUGAUGGGCAGGUGUCAGGGAAGUGGUACCGUGAGGUUCAAUGCCCCAUAAGGAGCAUCACUGACACAAAGCAGUCAGGAAAUAAGUGGACGUUUUUUUUUUUCACGUCUGCUGAUCAAAAUUUUAACACCAGUUGCAAAAUUGCGAUAAUUUACAUUUUACUUUGUUGGAUCUUAAGGAGGUUCUUAAAAAUAAACUUAUAUAGAAAUAAAAUAUUGAAAAUAAGGAGUCUGUAAUCGCAGCUUCACAGGGGGCAUCCACUGUCUAAAUGUCCUAAAUUGGACUAAUCCAAAAGAACGAAUCUAAUUCGUGAACGGCAGGUGCCUUUUGACACCCCUGCACAACCCGAAGUUCCAUUUUAUUAUUUUAUUAUUUUAUUAUUUUAUUAUUUUAUUAUUUUAUUAUUUUAUUAUUUUAUUAUUUUAUUAUUUUAUUAUUUUAUUAUUUUAUUAUUUUAUUAUUUUAUUAUUUUAUUAUUUUAUUAUUUUAUUAUUUUAUUAUUUUAUUUAAGUUCCAUUUCAAGCCCAAUGUUUACAUUUUGGGCUCUAUCGCUUCGCUUCUUUGUUCCAUAACCUUCAGUAUAAGCCUUGCUUAUGCAGCUCAAACAUCAUGAUUAUGAAUACUUAACCAUAAAUCACAUUAAUUCUGCAUAUUUCCAAAUAUUUUGACCUUUAAUUUAAUUAAAGUCGAAUUUAAUGCUCGUUUGCGAUGCAUUUCAUACUUAACAUGUUUUUAGUUUCUUCUGUUUACAUUUUGAAGCCCUGCUUAGAACUUCCUGAACAUCCAACAUCGCAGAAUAUUAAUUCUUGCACUUUUUUUUUUAACUGGUAUUAAAAUUCUAAACAUGAUAGCGGAACACCCGUUUUAUUCCCUGCCUGUUUUGGUGCUUGAUUGGCUGUUCAUGACGACUCAGACGACAAGUCCCGCCCCAGGACUCGUCUGAGGCUGAUAAAUAAACAUGUGGGUUUGCGCCUCAACGUACACAGAGAUACAAGAUUUAGGCAUUUUUUUCUUGCUAGCUUUAGCCGUCACAGCAAAAGAUUGCACUAAAACACAUUAAAGAAAAAUAUGUGAUGAAUUUUUAAAGCUAGGCGUCUUUUAUGACAGGGGUCUGUCAAAAAAACGCAUUUAUUAAAAACAGAAAAAUUAAUAAACUUUGCUUUGGUUCCGAUUUUCUACAAGAAAAGCUCUGAUAAAACAUUCCACUGUUCUCAAAUAUCUUACUUUUUAUUUUUCUGCACAAAAUAAGAUGAAAAAUAAAUAAAUCAAGAACAAAGAAAAUCAAUCAAUCAGUAAUAAAUAAAUAUAAUAAUAAUAAUAAUAAAACAGCAAAUAAUAAAAACUUAAGAAACCACAUAUAGUUGGUGAGUAGACAUUAUUUUUUUCAUAUUAAAAUUACCAAAGCAUUAUUAGAGCCCUGUAGACAUGACAAAACACGACUAUAGUCACAUUUAUACUCUUUAUUUACAACAUAUUGCGCAACUGCAGCGUCUUUAGCCACAUGCUAACUCGCAAACUAGACCGCUAGCGACCUAAACGGUAGCCUCCAAGUUAUUUCCUUUCAACUUAAAACACCAAAAACUUACCACUUCCACACGGAUAGUGAGGAUAACUAUUAACAGUUAUUUAACCUUUAACAUGAACAUUAAUUAAAACAUAAUAAUUUUUUCUUGGUACGCACUAACAUUAAACUUUCAUAUCAAGGCGGGGGCCUCAAAGUAGUGUCCUGCGUGCCACAUUUGGCCCGCGGGCCGCAUGUUUGAGACCCAGGUUUUUUUUUUUGUUGUUUUUUUUUUACAUGAAGAUGGCAUAUUUUCUUUAAACAUUAAAAAAAAGAGUUCAUCCCAAAGUUCAUCCUCACUGAAGAGCGUUUGUGUUACAUAACGGCUGCAAAUGAAUUGUUCUUUACAACAUAAACAUUUGGUUAAGUUAUGCCACGUAGACUCUGAUCUUCAGCAAGCUGACUUUUUUCCUCGCCAAGGAGAGAAUCCAAGGUGUGUUUUUCACAUAAUUUUCAUGUCCAAGCAUGUCCUCAACACCCCCCCUUCCCCCUCCCGCACUUGUUUGCAUGAAGCUACAUGCAAGAGCCAACCUGGCAGUCGACUUAUUUCAGCAGUUUGGAGAUUUCGAUUGUUUUUUUGUUUUUUUUUUAUGUGUGCACUGAAUACACAAGAGGUGGCCAAUACUAGAAAUAACUAGAAAUAAAUAUUUUUGCCUUG